UCGCGCGCACGGUGUUGGUUCGCGACCUCGCCGCACGAGGCCUCCAAAGUCAACGCUGGAUUUGUCUCUGGCUCCUGUAGAUCCUUAAUAUAAGUAUCCCAACAAAAUGAUUUUCCACAAGAUUUGUUUCACAAGCAAACGAAGCAUAAUAUGCAAACGGAGAAUUAUGUAAUUAAUAAAAAUUACGAAAAUUUACCGAGCACAAGCAAGCAACAAACUAGUGAUCUAGACAUUGGUAAUUGUCAAGUAUUGCAACAAGAUGAUUUUCCACAAGAUUUGUUUCACAAGCAACCGAAGCAUAACAUGUAAACGGAGCAUUAUGUAAUUAAUAAAAAUUACGAAAAUGUACCGAGCACAAGCAAGCAACAAACUUAGUGAUCUGGACAUUGGUAAUUGUCAAGGAACAGAAAAUUUUCACCGAUUUGUUGUUGAAACAUUAAUAUCUUUAAAAAUGAAAGUCAAUGCAGUAGACAGAAAUGUAAAACUUCUUUUGCAUAAGCGGUCAGUUCCUACUAUUGACACAGAAGAAGGGGAAGAUGACAUUUUUCAGAAUUUACCAGUUAAAAGUGACAAUGAACUUGAAGUAAUAGAAACAAAGUUAAAGAAUGACUCAACUUAUAGAAAAAAUAUGAUUAAACAAUUGGUUCGAGUUGUAUGCGAGGAUUUAAAAACAUCGUGUAUAAGAUUAAUGAGACAAAUCUUCAGCAAUGAAUUAGCCAUGGAAUACAGCUAGUAUGGAGCGAAAAAGAAAAAUGUCUUCAGCAACUUACAAUUGUGUAAAGUGUGAUAAGAAAGUAGCAUACAACUGCAACAGACGAACAAAUUUCUGCUCCCAUCAAGAUCUGG